AUGGGGCUGUGCCUGCCGUGUCUCGGGGAGCCCGAGCCCCCCUCGCCGGACCCGGAAGAGAAAAGAGCAAAGCUCGCAGAAGCUGCAGAAAGAAGACAGAAGGAGGCUGCAUCUCGGGGCAUUUUGGAUGCUCAGUCGGUGGAACAAAAGAGAAAGAGAAAGGAAAAAAUAGAAAAACAAAUCGCUACAUCUGGGCCCCCACCAGAAGGUGGACUUAGAUGGACAGUUUCAUAA